AUGAUUGUGAUCUGCUACCACUACCCGUGUCCGGACGGCAUCUUCGCUGCGCUCGCAGCGCACGUCCACUUCCGCGACGCAGGAGAGCCCGUGCGGUAUUUCCCGCUAACCACCUACAAGGACGCCUCCGUCGCGGACGUCGGCCUCUCACGCGACGACACGGUCUACAUGCUGGACUUCGCGGGCCACCCGGGCUUCGCGCAGGACCUGUGCGCCGCGUGCGCCCGCGUCGUCGUCCUGGACCACCACAAAACCGCCCUGGAGGCCCUCGGGGACCCUGCGAGUCGCCCCGAGAACAUGGAGGUGACGUUCGACAUGGACCGCAGCGGGGCGACGAUCGCGCGCGACCACUUCGCCCCCAAGGUGCCGGAAACGGUCGCCGCGAUGAUCAGGUACAUCGAGGAUGGCGACCUCUGGCGCUGGGCGCUCGCGGAGUCCAAGCCCUUCUACGCGGGCCUGCGCGCCAAGGGCAUCGAGUACGACGCCAACAAGGACCCGGGGGUGUUCGAAACACUCCUCCGCCUCGACCCCGGCGAGCUCAUCGCUGCCGGCGCGGACCUCAUGGCGGAGGAGGCCCGCGUCGUGGACGCGCACGUCGCGGCGGCGUUCGUCGUGCAGCUGGGCGGCGCGCGCGGCCGCAGUGAGGGUUGGGGGUCGUGCUUGGCCGUGCGCGCCGACGGGGCGAGCGACCUGCGGUCGCCGAUGGGCAACGCGCUGGCGGCGGCGUCGCGGGCGCGCGGGCUGCGGCACAUGGGCGUCGUGGCGUACGUCGAGCCUGACGCAGGAGAGCCUGACAGCAUUAAGGUCAGCAUGAGGAGCGUGGGUCCGACUGAGGACACGACGGUGGUCACGAAGGCGUACGGGGGCGGAGGGCACUUGAAUGCGUCGUCGUGCGUGAUGUCGAUCGAGGAAUUCGAGGCCUGGCGCGUCAAGGAGUGA